AGUACGCGGUGAAAAACGGAAGAGGAAAGCAAGCCUGAUCGAAGAGCUCGAGCUUCGCUCAUGGCCGGCCGUUGACCAUCGUCAAGCGCAGAGACGAGACGGUUGACCCACGAACACCCACGAAGCCCGCGCUCUCCUUCGCCGCGAGUUUCGACGAAUUCCGGGGUAAAAGGCGGGAAAUUUGAGCGCGGAGGAGGGGGAGGAGAGCGAAAUUUGGAAAUGGCCAUGGCGACGAGGACGAGAUGGGUCACGAUCACGAUGGCGUGGAUCUUGGUCUUGUUCGGAACCCUUGCUCUCAUCCAGAACCGAUUGAGCGACGCCGGAGCUUCGUCUGAUCCGAAACUUGUUCAUCGCAAAGUUGGUGCGGUAAAGAAGGAGCCAGACGAUUUGGAAGAGGUGACUCACAAGGUUUAUUUCGAUGUUGAGAUUGGAGGAAAACCAGUGGGUCGAAUUGUCAUGGGUCUCUUUGGCAAAACCGUCCCCAAAACAGUUGAUAACUUCCGAGCUCUUUGCACGGGGGAGAAAGGGAUUGGAAAGAGUGGGAAGCCCCUGCAUUACAAAGGGAGCCAAUUCCACAGGAUCAUUCCUAGCUUUAUGAUCCAGGGUGGUGACUUCACUCUUGGAGACGGGAGAGGGGGAGAGUCGAUAUACGGGAACAAAUUUUCUGAUGAAAACUUCAAAUUGAAGCAUACAGAUGCAGGGCGCCUUUCGAUGGCAAAUGCUGGGCCAGACACGAAUGGGUCACAAUUUUUCAUUACCACUGUGACAACUAGUUGGUUGGAUGGCCGCCAUGUUGUGUUUGGAAAGGUGCUGUCUGGAAUGGAUGUUGUCCGCAAGAUUGAGGCUGAAGGGAGACAGAGCGGCCAACCCAAAAGUACAGUCGUCAUUUCAGACAGCGGAGAAUUGGCUCUAUGAGCACUUCGCUCCGGAUUGCACACGAAUGUAGGGCUCAGGCAUCAUGUACUGCUUUGAUGCGUAUGAAGUUUUUUUAUGGUGAAGAAAACGCGAGGCAAUCUUGUUCAUUGGA